AACGUGAAUUUCCUCUAUUGACCAAUAUGCUCUCUGGACUCUCUCUCUCUCUUCCUGCACUUGGACUGCGGCUCAACUUUCGUGGGAGUGACUGUAAAAGUCAACUCCUCAUAUGUCGACUGUGUGAAGCGAGCCAGCGGCGGACAGCAGGACUUCGGACGGAGCAGCUGGCACGAAACGAGCUCUACUGUAAGACAGUGAUUGUGUGCGUAACGACGCAGGCGGUAACAGCGGUCCCGCGGUGCGCUCCUCUGCUUGGGGGGCGGGGCUGGGGGGGGGGGGGGGGGGAGAAGCAGUGGGUCGAUGGAUCUCCAAACACUUUUCACUUUCGAAACUUUCCAGCAGGUCUGCGGUCCCUACGGGUACGGGGGGGACCUGCAGGACGUGGUCGAGCGGGAGUUCGCGCGGAUUAAAGGCAUCACAUAUCUGGAUCAUGCGGCGGCCACCCUGCACCCGGAGUGUCUGGUCCGGGACUAUGCCCUGGACAUUUCGAGCAAUGUAUAUGGAAACCCCCACAGCCACAGCCCCAGCAGCAGAUUGACACAUGACACCGUGGAGAGGAUCAGAUACAGGGUAUUGCAGCAUUUUAACGCCAACCCCGAGGAGUACAGUGUGAUCUUCACUUCUGGUUGUACGGCCGCGCUCAAAUUAGUGGCAGAGAGCUUUCCCUGGAGGCCGCAGACUGAGAGCGAGGCGGGGAGUCGCUUCUGCUACCUCACCGACAGCCACACCUCUGUAGUUGGCAUAAGAGGGGUGACUUCGGCCCGGGGGGUAGUUGCCAUGCCUGUCUCCCCGCAGGAAGUGGAAAACAGGGCGAAGGAGGAGCCUCAGGGUGAUGAUGUUAUUUGCCUGACGCCGCACCUGUUCUGCUACCCGGCACAGAGCAACUUCUCGGGGAGGAAGUAUCCUCUCAGCCAUGUAGAAGGCAUCCAGGCAAGACGCCUUUACCCAGCGUGUGACCACCACGGCCGCUGGUUUGUGCUCCUCGACGCUGCCUCUCAUGUCAGCUGUUCCCCUCUAAACCUACAGGACUGCCCUGCCGAUUUCAUUCCCAUCUCCUUCUACAAGAUCUUUGGCUUCCCUACAGGGCUGGGUGCCCUUAUUGUCCGCAACGACGCAGCAGGCAUACUAAAAAAGACUUAUUUUGGAGGAGGCACAGCAGCAGCUUACCUUUCUGGAGAAGAUUAUUAUGUGCAUUCAGCAAGCAUUUCUGACAGAUUUGAAGAUGGGACUGUCUCUUUCUUGGACAUUGUUGCCCUAAAUCAUGGUUUUGAAGCUCUGUACAAGAUCACAGGGGGGAUGCACAACAUCCAGCAGCACACGUUUGGCUUGGCACGCUACACUUACAUGCUGCUGUCAAGUCUUUGCCAUGGCAACGGGCAACCAGUGGCUCGGAUUUACACCGAAGGCCAGUUUGAGAGUCCAAGUACACAGGGUGCAAUUUUAAAUUUUAACCUCAUGGAUUCUUAUGGACAGAUAAUUGGGUAUUCUCAGGUGGACAGAAUGGCCAGUCUGUACAAUAUUCACGUGCGCACAGGCUGCUUCUGCAACACCGGCGCCUGUCAGUCCUUCCUUGGGAUCACCAAUCAGCACAUGAGGAGAAACCUGCAGGCCGGCCACGUCUGCGGAGACAGCAUUGACCUGGUGGACGGCCAGCCGACCGGAUCAGUUCGUGUGUCUUUUGGCUACAUGUCAACGUUUGAAGACUGUCAAAAGUUCCUGAACUUUGUUGCCGAGUGCUUCGUAGAGAAACCCGUCAGAGUGGACCAAGUGAGACUAGAACAGCUAAAAACGACCACAGCAGCAUCCCAGGGAUCAAAUGGAGAUCUGCCUACCAAAAUUACGAAUGAAGAAAUACAUAGAGUAGAGGAGAAGAAGCCCAUUGACGCAUCACUGAAGCGAUUUGGAGACAGAGAUUCGAAAAGCCGCGUGGAGGCUUAUACUCUCACCAGCAUCUACAUAUAUCCCAUCAAAUCGUGUGGAGCGUAUGAGGUCCACGACUGGCCGGUGGGACCGCAGGGUUUACUAUAUGACAGAGGCUGGAUGGUGGUGAACGGAAAUGGCGUGUGUCUAAGUCAGAAGAGAGAGACACGUUUAUGCUUAAUUCGCCCACAAGUCCACCUGCCCUCCAACAAACUGCUCUUGCAGGCAUCAGAGAUGGAUACCAUUUCUGUUCCCUUGGAUAACAACACUCAAACACAUACAAGCUUUCAGGUGUGUCAGAGUAAAGUUUGUGGUGACAGGGUGGAGACUGUCGACUGUGGGGAUGAGGCUGCAUCGUGGCUUUCUGACUUUCUUGGACAGCCGUGCCGCCUGAUAAGACAAAGUCCUUAUUUCACCCGAGAAAUGAAGAAGAGGCCGAGCAGUGCUUCCACCUCCACAUCCCUGUCCCUGGCGAAUGAAGCUCAGUAUCUCAUGAUCAACCAUGCCAGUGUGGAGCUCAUUCAGAAACAAAUGAGCACCAGGCAGGAAUAUUCUGAGGGGGAUCAGCUCUUUGACACGCAGAAUGUCAUUAGCCGCUUCCGAGCCAAUUUAGUCAUCGCUGGAGUCGAGCCAUUUGAGGAAGAUAAUUGGUCACACUUGAUUAUUGGCAACACUCGAUUUGUGGUCGCAGGUCAGUGUGGAAGGUGCCAGAUGGUUGGGGUGGACCAGGAAACCGGGACCAAAACAAAAGAGCCGUUAAUGUCCCUGUCUGCUUACCGCAUGGGGAAGGUGACAUUUGGUGUGUACCUGACCCAUCAGCUACCAAAGGGUUCCCCUGCAGCCACUGUCCUCUCUGUUGGCUCCCUCGUACAACCAGAGCCACACGGUUCUCAAAGUGGUCAUCUGCAUCGACAUCCACUUUGAUUAAUUUUUUAGUGACAUCUUUGCCAUUUCUGCACUGCACAUCCUAGGGAUCACCUGUCACACACAGAGAGGAGUUUCCAUAGAUGCAGCUCUUUUCUGUUUUUGUUGCCCCAGUGGCGUUUGUUCUCUGAAGUGUCCUCGUCAUACCAGGGCAUUCAUAUUUUAUUCUAUUUGAGUCUGUUUUGAUGGGAAAAUGUAAUGAGAUUUUUGGACGUGUGCAGGAAAGUCGAUGUGAAAUAUUCAAUCUGUGACAAAAUUAUAAUUUUAAUAUGUUGCUGUUAUUUUUGCCAAAAAAAGUCGGGCUUGAUGCUUUAAUCACUGUUCAUGUUAACCUCCCAGACAGUCCUUCCACUGUUUCUCCCCAUGGAGGUUUAUAUUGCUAUUUAUUCCAAACACAACAUCACUAUUACUGCUGCCAGAAUUCUGAAACAUGUUGCUCCCUAUAAUAAAAUAAAAAAACAAAAAACCUA